CUGGAGAUCUACACACCUUAUAAGAAGCUUUUGCUGCAUAAUCUGGACAAGCUCCUCUGCCUAUGGGAUGCUAUCAGGCUUCCUCAUGAGGAAUGGAAGCAAAUAUUCAGUCUUGAGCUUCCUAUCAUCAGUUUCAAUGUCAAUCCUAACCUUAUGCGACAGCAGGCACAGAUGUCUGAUGAUUCCUGUACCCAACUCAUUCAAGCCCUUUUGGACUUUGCACAGCAAGGAGCCAGAUGCUCUCUUUGUGAUUUUCAGCAUUUGGCAGGGUGGUUGAACUGGGCACUCAAUGUCUAUCCUCUGUUGCCACCUGGUUUGUCAGCCCUUUAUGCCAAAACCACUGGAAAGUUGGAGUCCAAAGCUUUGAUUUGGGUCAAUCAUGAUAUUGUUUGCAAACUCUCUUGGAUCAUAUGUCAUUUGCGGUCCGCAGAGGGUAUCUUUUUCCUCAAAUCCAUGUCCUGGAAU